AUGACCUGUGUGGGUAAGACGCAGCCAGAUGAUGGAGCGAGAAAAUCUUUUCCAGGGGCUCAACACGUGAAUCUGGACCCAGAGCCCCAUCCUCUUAACUACACAGGGCUUCAGCUAGAUCACCAAACGACAGUUCUUCCACACAGCAUCCUAGGUAGUUUGGAGGAUUUCAGGAGCUAUCUGGAGGCCAAAGGGGAGACAGAGUUGGUGAAGAGUAUACCAGAGUCUCAGAGGGAUCCAGCCUCUGAGGCUUCUGGUAGGCCUCACACUGAUGCUGUGGAGAAGGAUAGUGUGACCCCUUCAGGUUUCAGAAACAUUCAGAGUAACGCUCUGCAACACUGGCAGACACACAUGAGGCAGCGUAGACAGCAGCAGGACUUCUUAUCUGACCUUCUGGAUAGGCCAGUGGAAUACUUACUGAUGAACCAAGCGAACCAUUUCAGAGAAACCCAGGAGCAGAGGGAACUUUUAAACCAUGUCAUGCCACUCGUCCACUCUGGAUAUGGUUAUCGGGUGGGCAGUGAGUUUUGGAGCCUGCCCCCACGCUAUGGAGACGAAAUGAGUGGCAUCGCAGCCACUCUGACUCAGACAGAGCAGGGCAGACGGGAACCUGUCACACAUGUUGGGCGGCCAAGCAGCAUACGCCAGGAAUCAGGAAUAAUGUGUGAUGAAACUCUGCGUCCGGCCUCUCGAACCUGGGAGCAGAGUGCAUACUUGCAGCACCAGUGCCAGGAGCUCGGAGAGGUUCUGAAGGAGAUGGACAUCAAAAAGCCGGACAUCAGUGGACUGGAGGUGAUUGGCUCUUGCAAGCCAUUUACUCAUGUCACAGUGUGCUGUAGCCCCUCGUUGGAGAAGGAAGAAGAAGAGAACAAGAAGAUGAAGGAGAACCUGGAUCCACUGGCACAGUACAUGGAUGUUCACUCAGAUGCCCUCCUCGUCCCUGCUUUAAGGUUCUGUGGUCAGCUCGCUUGCUGGACUGGAAACUCUAUCAAAAACCAGGGAGAAGUAGGAAUCAGUGCCACCAUAAUGUUUGAGACUGUGGCUGGAGAAAGAGCCUCCUCUCAUCUGGAUCUACACAAUGAAGGCAGCACGGCCAUCUUCUACAGCUGGCAGCAGCUUCGCGUGCGACACAGCUUCCCUAACCUGCGAUCACAAACAAAGGGCUCACACUUCUACUUCAACUCGUCCUCUGCUGUUAUCCGUCCAGGUGGCACCCAGCGGGUGGAGUUUGUCUUUAAGUUGAUGGAGCCAGGCAUCAAAAGCGAACUGUGGCAGAUUAACACCCACCCAGUGCUGCUGGGGGGAGCCUCCAUGCAGGUCACACUGAGAGGGGUGGCUCUGUACCAGGACACAACCGCAGACCAGAGGCAGUUCAUAGAGACAAAGCUGGAAAAAAUAGUGACGGUGAAAAUGUGUCGGUCGAUUGUGUACGAGAUGCUGCAGGGGGUCAGGACCCAGGAGAGACCCAGCUCCCCUGCAGAGCUCUACCUCACUGAAGAGCAACGAUUUUUAGUGAAAAACCCCAAGUUGCAGUUCCUUGACGAGACAGCGGAGGACUUGAAGAAACUGUGGCAAGAAGUGAAUCCAGGACACACAUGGGAUCUCUCUGUUGACACACUCCGACAGGCUGUGCUGUCUCAGCCUGAUCAGGAAUCGGCUCAGGAAAGGAACCUGACCCAGCUCAAUUCUCUGCGUCUGCAGCUUUCUGAGCCCUCUGUUUACAAACACAAACACCCAACAGCAGCUGCUGCAGGGCUGCAGCUAUGGAGGAAACUGCUGGACGUGAUGGACGACGAGGCCAGGUGUCUCCAAAACCUGCUGUGUCUUCCACAGAGAGACACAUGGAGCUAUAAGAAGGAGGAAUCCCUGAUCUCGCAUGCUGAAAUGCUUAAUAAUAAAGAUGAGACAAGUGACAAAAAGGAAGGAGAUGCCAAGGAGGAGAGGAGUGGGAUGAGGUCCAGAUUUAAAGACGACAACAAAGGAGAGACCAAGUCAGCAUCAACUGAAAAAGUAGUGGAGGACAGUAAGAAGAAGGGGAAAAGAAGGGAUGAAGCAGCAGCGAAACGCUCCAGAGGAAAACAGGAGAAGGAGUCACCGUCAUUGACUGACUGCCAGAUAGAGAGCAAUAGUCAGCAACUUCCUGAAGAUGAUGAGCACAAUGAAAAGCCAGAGAUGACAGAAAUGUACACAAGACUCCUGCACAGAAAGGUUUAUGCUCUGAUUGAAGACCUGGUGGACAACCUGUGUGACCUGAUGGAUGAGCUUGAUAAGAGAGAUGAACAUUAACACACGAGAGAGGCAUGGCCACGAGAGCUCGCUGAAUACACACACCCUAACGUCAUAAACAUGGGAUUACGUGGGAUCUAUUAUUGUACUGUAAAAUCAAUAAACGUUUAUCGCUUGUU